UGUUCAGGGUUCCUAUCCCCGAGGGCAGGGUCGUCGGGCCUCUCUUGGCACAAGCUGGGCGGAUCCGGGAGGCUCUGUCCGGGCGGGAGGGCUGCCCUGAGGAGCAGGGGCUGGGCUGGGGUUGGGGCAAAAAGCAAAGUAAACCGGAUCAAUAGCUCUUGUUUUUCCCAAGAAAGAGCUUGCUCUUGAUGGAGGGGUAGAGGGCGCUGGUACUGGGGGUUCAGUUGCGGUUGAAUUCCCCGCCGAGCUGGGGGCCCGGGGUGCGCUGUGUAAAGGUGAAAAUGAAAAUAAAACAGGAGCGGGGAGGGGGGCGGCGCCGGGCGCGAUAAAUCUCCGUCAUUUCUGCCGGAGGCGGAAUAGCCGGCGUGGGUGAGAGGGUCCGGGGCCGGCUCCCUGCCCGGGGCGGUGUCUGCAUUCCACGAUGCUGGUGGCGCUGGUGGCCCUGGCCGUGGCCGUGGCCGUGGCCAUGGCUGUCCCCGCGCUACGGCACCGCUUAGUCCGUGCCGCGCUGCGCCGCGCCGGGGACCGGUACCGGCGGCGGCUGGAGGCUCUGGACAGCGACGUGCGGCUGAGGCAGGAGCGGCGGCUGCGGCGCCUGCUGGGCACCGGCACCGGCACGGCCGGCGGUGAGCGCGGGGCUGCGGGAAGCGGCGCGGGAAGGGGUCGGUCCCGCGGUCCCCCUUCUGAGUUUGUGCCUCUCCCUGCAGGCUGGGAGGAGUUCCAGGAGCAGCAUCCCCUGGGGCAGCCCUGUCGGGACGAAGCGCCGGGCGUUCCGCCUUCCCCGCUGCCUCUCUGGGCUCUGCUCCCCAGCUGCUGGGACACCGACCCCCGGCUGCAGGGCUCCGUGCUCUACCUGGAUGCUCUCGGCGCCGCUUUUCCACGGGCUCUGACCCGCCGGGGCACGGCCGUGCUGCACUGGAGCCCCGGUUGUCCCCGCGCCCCGGCGGGGUGGCCGCUGCCCACCCUGUACUGCACCCCGGCCGCGGCGGCCGUGCUGCCCUCUCGGGCCGCAGCGCUGCGGCUGCAGCUGCUCUUUGCCCUGCGGCAGCGUGCCCUGCAUGUGCUGGAGGCCGGGCUGGCAGCCGAGCUGCACGACGCGCUGCUGACCCUGCGCACUGAAUGGCCCCGGCUGGCCCAGGAGCUGGAGCUGGGCAGGCUGAGCCCGCAGCCCGGGCUGCCCGAGGAGCUGCGGGAGCAGCUGCAGGCACUGCUGAGCCCUGCUGUUGCCCGGGCGGCCGAGAUCCGUGAUCAGUGUGCCCAUGGCUUUGAGGGCAUCGCGUUGCGGCUGUGGCCGCGGCUGGAGGUGGUGGUGGUGAGGACGAUGCGUGGCACAGAGCGGCUCUACUGCGACUCCCUCCGCCAGGCCGACUGCCGGGGGCUGCCCUUCUACUGCCCCUUCUACCAGGCAGCAGGAGCCCUGCUUGGUGUGAACCUGUGGCCAGCAGAGCCAGUGCCCCGAUUUGUGCUAUGCCCUGAUUGGGCUUUCUGCGAGUUCCUGCCCUGCCUGGCCAGCAAGGAGCCACGGACGGUGCUGCUGGAUGAGCUUGGGGAGGGCCGUGAGUACGGGCUGGUUGUGACAGCCCAGCCAGGAGAGUACAGGUGCCGUACUGGGGAGGUGCUGAAGGUGACCGGCUUCCACAAGCAGUGUCCUGUGGUGGAACCUGUGCGCAGGGAGAGCGAGACCCUGAGCGUGCGAGGUGAGAGCAUCCCUGAGGAGCAGUUCUGCCAGAGCCUGUGCCGCACCCUGAGCCUGUGGCCGGGUGCUCGCCUGAUUGACUAUGUCUGUGUGGAGAGCAGCCUGCUGGGUGACUCUUCAGGGCCCUGUGCCCCUCACUACGAGGUGUUCCUGGAGCUGCAGGGCCUGCGGGACCUUUCAGAGGUGCAGCGCUACAAGCUGGACCAGUGUCUCCAGGAGGAUUUCCCCAUCUACAAAUCCUUCCGCUUCAAGGGCAGCAUUGGGCCCCUGCGCCUGCACCUGGUGAGGCCCAGGAGCUUCACCCGGCUGCGGGAAGCCCUGGGCUCUCCCAUGCCCAUGCCCAGGGUCCUGCGUGAGGAGCAGCUGCUGCAGCUCAUCCAGGGAGCAGUCAUCUCCUAGGGCAGCCUUGGGGCCCCACAGCCCUUCCUCCCUGGCAUGCACCCUCUGAGGAGGGGCCGUGUCCCUGGGGUGGGAGGGCGUGGGGACAAGGGUGCUCAUCCCCAAGGGUUUGGCUGAGUGGAGCAAAUGGAGACAGUGAGCUUGACCAUGAUCCGUGGCAGCAGCUGGCACCAUUCAGUGCUGCUGUGGAGGUGGAGCAGGAGCUUGGGAGCCUCAGGGGGCAGCUGCAGGACCCCCUCACUCAGUGCCUUGGCAGCACCUGCAGCCACAGCGGAGUGUAUGCCUUUCCUAAGGGACCACUGUGCACCACAGCCCAUGGCUGAGGUAGAGGGCUCUGUGGAAGCCUGCAGGAGCAGGAGGAGCAGAAGAGCCGUGCCUCAUCACUGAGCACUGGGGCCCUGGGGCAUUUUGUCCCCUGGCAGGGACACUGCAGGCAGGGCUCAGGGGGCUGCUGGUGGCAGGUGUCACAGAGCAGCCCCAGCUGGGCUUCAGUGCAUGUCCACUGGUUGAAAAGUAAGCUCCGGUGAGGGCUGCUUUUAAUGUUUUGAAAACCAAAUGCAAAAUAAAGGAGGAUUAUCUUUUUGAAAUAAAUAAAAGACUGCACUCUGGGA